GUCUGCGCCGGGCGUGAGGAGAGGGGCGGCGGCAGUGACAGGGGAAGGUGAUGCCCGUGUUUAUUUUUACUCGGGCGCCUCAUCCUUUCUGGCUGCCGGUGAGGAGGGGCGGCGGCCCCCGCGGUCGCUCCCUGGCCCGGCCCCAGUGGCCUUCGUCAGGCGGCCGCUACAGCAGCCCAUAAAGGGCCGAGGAUGCAGCUCUACAGCACCAUCGUCACCCACUACCCGGCAGCGACAGCAUCGGCGGCGAGCAGCGCCUCAGCCGGCAGCCCGGGCGUCGUCUUCAAGGUCUCUCCGUCUCCGGAGCCGGCGGGCCAAAGCCCAGUGGGAGUCGAGAGCGAGGCGGGCGGAGGAGGGACCUCGGCCACAGGAGGAGCAGCCACCGCCAUGCCCGCCUUCUCUUGCCUGGAACUGUUGCCUCCGACAGGCCCCGUGCAGAGGAAACCGCCGCAAUGCUACGGCGCCACCGCCGCCGCCCCGAUGACCCGCCGGCGGCCCUUGGAGAGGGUCGUGCCUGUCCGCCUGGUGCAGCGCCCGGAGGCCGUGGUCAUGGCGGGCGAGCUGGGCCCGGCUUCGGCGGCGGCGCCUCAAGCCCAUUCUUGGCUGCUGGGGGAGAGCCACGGGGGCGACUUCAUGGCCGGCCAGCCGCGCCCGGAGGAGCCCAGCAACCGCGGCCUCCGCUUCAGCGAGCACUGCCAGGCCCUGCAGGCGGCCACGGCCGGCCCCAGCAGCUACCCGGGCGUCUCCGCGGAGCCUCAGCCCGCUUGCCAAGCGCCGGCCGGCGGCGGCGAGGCUGAACUCGAGGCCGCCGAGGAAGACGGGCCGGUGCGCCCGGCGGAGCGCAGCGAGAAGCUGGCCCUGUACUUGGCGGAGGUGGAGAAGCAGGACAAGUACCUGCGGCACAAGGGCCGCUACCGCUUCCACAUCAUCCCCGACGGCAACUGCCUGUACCGGGCCGUCUGCAAGGCCAUCAACGGCGACCAGCGGCUGCACGGCGAGCUCCGCGAGCAGACGGUACAUUACAUCGCCGACCACCUCGACCACUUCAGCCCCAUCAUCGAAGGCGACGUGGGCGAGUUCCUCAUCAACGCCGCCCAGGACGGCGCCUGGGCCGGCUACCCGGAGCUCUUGGCCAUGGGACAGAUGCUGGACGUCAACAUCCACCUGACCACGGGCGGCAGACCCGAAAGCCCCACUGUCUCCACCAUGGUCCACUACCUGGGGCCCGAGGACCCGAACCGGCGCAGCAUCUGGCUGAGCUGGCUCAGUAACGGGCACUAUGACGCUGUGAUGGACCGCCAGUGCCCCAAUCCGGAGUACGAGGAAUGGUGCAGGCAGACUCAGGUGCAGCGCAGGAGGGACGAGGAGCUGGCCAGAUCCAUGGCAGUCUCCUUGUCCAAGAUGUACAUCGAGCAGAAUGCCUGCUCCUGAAAUGGGACCCUGCCACUGUUGGUGGUCUGCUGCCCUGGUGCCUUAAUCGUUCUCCACACAAGCUGCCCUGCCCUGGGCUGAGCACAGAACUCAAGGGGAACAAUGACUGAUAUUUGUACUGUGCACUUGUAUAUACUGUCACCUCCUGGUUGAUUGGUCACUCUGUUUGUUUUGUAUAUGUUUCUUUUUUUUUUCUAGUACCCCUUUCUCUUUUUCGGUAAGGGGCUUUCCUUUCUUUGCACAAUACUUUCUUUUAUCUUGUUACCUCUGUCUCUUAUAUUUUGCUUUGGCACCUGGCUUUUCAAGUCUGCUGCCAAAAAAAUAAGUGAAUAAGAGUUACUGGUUUUUGUGCUAAUAUGGCUUGUGGCCUAACAGCUGUUUUAUACUGCAACUUGAAACCUAUCAUCUUAACACUAUCAAACAAAAAAGUUAAAAAAUGUGUGUUCUUUUGUCCCCCUUUAUUUGAGUAAAACAAGUAACUUUCAGCCACUGUGUAUUUGUUUUAAUUGAAAAUAUGCAGUUAACUUUGAAAUGGUUACUUCUAAGAUGCAUUGACCACUCUGCAGAGCGGGAUUUCUUUAGACAGUUGGAGCACGACAAAGCUAUUCCAGAGAUGUUACAGACAGCAGUUGUGACUUCUUUGUGCAGUUGCUGUCUAGAGUAAGCUUGCUUUUCACUUCAUCACCCAGUUGGUGCCAUUUUUUCUCUUAUAAGUAUUGAUUUACAAAACAAAGUCUGACUUGGAAUGUUAUGACAUAAUGAAAUAGCUAUUUAAGAAAAGACUUGAUGUAUGGUCUUGUUCUUUUUUAAUACAUGGACCAUGCCUGCUUUCUAACAGUGUACCAGCAGGUUUGUCUUAUCACACACUAUUUGUUAGUUGUUUUCUAAUCACUAAUAAUGGGCUUACUCUGGUAUUAUGUAAAAAAUGUAUUUAUACUAAGGGUUUGUAUGGUUUGCUGGGUCAAACAUUCAAGGUUUCCAAGAUAAAAA